GUCGUGACGUCACGCCACUUCCUGUCUCCACCCGUUCGCAGCCAUGAUGCAGGAAGGGCUGGACGACGGACCCGACUUCCUCUCCGAGGAGGACCGGGGACCGCGGGCAGUGAACGUGGAUCUGCAGACGGACGCCACACUGCAGGUCGACAUCUCUGACGCUCUGAGUGAGAGAGACAAGGUCAAGUUCACCGUCCACACCAAGAGCACGCUCCCUAACUUUAAGCAGAACGAGUUCUCAGUGGUACGACAGCACGAAGAGUUCAUCUGGCUGCACGACUCGUUUGUCGAGAAUGAAGAGUAUGCAGGAUACAUCAUCCCCCCAGCCCCUCCCAGACCAGACUUUGAUGCAUCCAGAGAGAAGCUGCAGAAGCUGGGGGAGGGAGAAGGAUCCAUGACCAAGGAGGAGUUCACUAAGAUGAAGCAGGAGCUGGAGGCAGAGUACCUGGCCAUCUUUAAGAAGACCGUCGCCAUGCAUGAGGUCUUCCUGUGUCGUGUGGCGGCUCAUCCGGUCCUCAGGAAAGACCUCAACUUCCAUGUCUUCCUGGAGUACAACCAGGACCUGAGUGUGCGAGGGAAGAACAAGAAGGAGAAGCUGGAGGACUUCUUUAAGAAUGUGGUGAAGUCUGCUGACGGCGUCCUGGUGGCCGGAGUCAAGGACGUGGACGACUUCUUCGAACACGAGAAGACGUUUCUGUUAGAAUAUCACAACAGAGUGAAAGAUGCUUCGGCCAAAUCUGACAGAAUGAUCCGCUCGCACAAAAACGCUGCAGAUGACAUCAACAGAAUCGCCUCGUCUCUCUACACAUUAGGAACGCAGGACUCCACAGACCUCUGCAAGUUCUUCCUGAAAGUGUCAGAGCUCUUUGAGAAAACGAGGAAAAUUGAAGCUCGAGUUGCGGCAGAUGAAGACCUGAAGCUGGCUGACCUGUUAAAAUAUUACCUGAGAGAGUCCCAGGCUGCAAAGGACUUGCUGUACCGGAGGAGCCGCGCUCUGGUCGACUACGAGAACGCCAACAAGGCUCUGGAUAAAGCUCGAGCCAAAAACAGAGACGUCCUGCAGGCUGAGACCAGCCAGCAGCUCUGCUGCCACAAGUUUGAAAAGAUCUCUGAGUCCGCCAAGCAAGAGCUCAUAGACUUCAAGACGAGACGAGUGGCAGCUUUCAGGAAGAACCUGGUGGAGCUGGCAGAGCUGGAGCUUAAACACGCCAAGGGGAACCUCCAGCUGCUGCAGAGCUGUCUGGGCGUCCUGAAAGGAAAUACUUAACUGUGCAACCCCGCCCACAUCCAACUGGACACACGCCUGCUGUGGGCGGAGCCCCGAUGGACGAACGACACUGAGAACUCUGGACCAGAGAGAGAGAGAGAGAGAGUGACAGGAAGUCUGUCGUCUUCAUCACUAACCAGACACCGUCCUCUUCAUCUUCUUCAUCCUCCUCCUGUCCUUACCCUCUCCCUCUCCCUCUCUCUCCAGCAGCACUUGUACUGGUUCUAACGGUUCUACUGGUCCAGUAUCAGACCUGAAGCACCUGCACUGGUUCUACUGGUCCAGCAGAACCCGUGUGGUCAGCCUCUGUCUCUCCUGAGUGACACUCGUACAAAACUUUAUUAUCACAGAACAGAGGGAAGAAAAUGUCCUGUGUUCUUUUUCCAGGUUAAACAAACGGUUUCUCUCCAACGAACACAAACAGAUAGAAAUCAAUCAAUAGAUUUACAGCUAGCCAAAAGCUAACACAUGACUCACACUGACUGAUGGUCUCAGAUGGGACCUGAACCCCUGACCCCUGACCCCUGACCCCCCUCCCCCCUCAGUCUGAUCCACAGACCUCUGAAGCACAACAGGAACAUAUGAAGGUCACUCAGAGGAGACGGUGCUGAUCCCAGUCAGGAACUGGUCCCAGUUUGUCUCUGCUGGUCUCCACCCUGCAACAGCCUCCAUCUCACAAACUGUUUGUCUUUUGUUGAGUCACAGAAGUCUUUUUUUUUUUUUCUAAAAAGAGAAGUGUGAACAUAUGGACCUGUUUCAUAUAAAUCUACAGAAACUCACUGGAUUCACUUAAGAAACAAAUCUGUGCUCUCAUCUCAUAAUUCUGACUUAAUAUCUUAUGAUGAGUUAAUAUCUCAAAAUUAUGAUUUAAUGUCUCAUAAUUGUGAUUUCAUAUCUUAUAGCUAUGAGUUAAUGUCUCAUAAUGGCGAGUUAAUAUCUCAUAAUUACGAGUUAAUAUCUCAUAAUCAUGAGUUAAUAUCUCAUAAUUACGUGUUAAUAUCUCAUAGCUACGAGUUAAUAGCUCAUAAUCAUGAAUUAAUAUCUCAGAAUUACAAGUUAAUAUCUCAUAAUUACGAGUUAAUAUCUCAUAGUUAUGAGUUAAUAUCUCAUAAUUAUGAGUUAAUAUCUCAUAAUUACGUGUUAAUAUCUCAUAGCUACGAGUUAAUAGCUCAUAAUCAUGAGUUAAUAUCUCAUAGUUAUGAGUUAAUAUCUCAUAAUUACGUGUUAAUAUCUCAUAGCUACAAGUUAAUAGCUCAUAAUCAUGAAUUAAUAUCUCAUAAUUACAAGUUAAUAUCUCAUAAUUACGAGUUAAUAUCUCAUAGUUAUGAGUUAAUAUCUCAUAAUUACAGGUUAAUAUCUCAUAAUUACAAGUUAAUAUCUCAUAAUUACGUGUUAAUAUCUCAUAGCUAUGAGUUAAUAGCUCAUAAUCAUGAGUUAAUAUCUCAUAGUUAUGAGUUAAUAUCUCAUAAUUACGAGUUAAUAUCUUAUAACUACGUGUUAAUAUCUCAUAAUUACGUAUUAAUAUCUCAUAGUUAUGAGUUAAUAUCUCAUAAUUACGAGUUAAUAUCUUAUAAUUACGUGUUAAUAUCUCAUAGCUAUGAGUUAAUAGCUCAUAAUCAUGUGUUAAUAUCUCAUAGUUAUGAGUUAAUAUCUCAUAAUUACGAGUUAAUAGCUCAUAAUUACGUGUUAAUAUCUCAUAGCUACGAGUUAAUAGCUCAUAAUCAUGAGUUAAUAUCUCAUAAUUACGAGUUAAUAUCUCAUAAUUAUGUGUUAAUAUCUCAUUGCUACGAGUUAAUAUCUCAUAGUCAGGGUUUAUAUCUCAUAGCUAUGAAUUAACAACUCAUUGUUAUGAGUUAAUAUCUCAUUGUUAUGAGUUAAUAUCUCAGAAUUAUGAGUUAAUAUAUCAUAGUUAUGAGUUGAUAUCUCAUAAGUAUGUGUUAGUAUCUCAUAGUUAUCAGUUAAUAUCUCAAAAUCACAACUUAAUAUCUCAUAACUGAUUUAUCUAAUAGAUAAGAGCUAAUUUCUCAUAAUUAUGACUAUUAAUGAUAUAAUUUUGACGAUGACUGAUUUUUUUCUAGUGAUUAUGAGUUUUGGCGUCUCACCUGUUUCUUUGGUGAAUCCAGCGAUCUUCAGUAGAAGUUGAUAUUUUGUGUUGAUGUGUAGAAAAUGAGUGAAAGAUGAAGAAAAUGAUCUCGUCUUUUCCUUAAGUAGCUGUUACAUUAUUCUCACAGGAGUUAAAGAUAAACUCUGCAGAAUUUUUUCUAAAAACACUAAAUUCAUACAGCAGUAAUCACCUAUGGCCCGCCCUCAGUGUGGUGUUGUGUUUAUCUGCAGAGACUCCGCCCUCUGAACAGAGUUUAUUGUCAGUCAGGACUUUAUAAAGAGGCGGAGACCAGAAGCACGUAUCCAGGAGGAAGCUCCAACAAUCAGACACUGUGCAGAAAAACACGUGUACAAUGUAGUGAAUGAGAGUGAAUCUGGUGUCGGCUGUCACUUCCCCGCUGCUCCUGUCACAGGCAGUAGAGACAGUUCUGUGUAGUUUACCUUUAAUUUGAUCAUCUUUCACUCAUUAGACAAAAAAAAGACUUUCAUGACUCAUAAAGACAAAAACAUGGAGGUGUUUCACAGUGCAGAUGGUUCAGUCUGUCUCAUCAGCGUGUCACUCUGUCUUCAUCUUCUUUUGUCGUCUUAUUUUGGCGGUGUGUGUGUACAUCCGGGCGUGCUUUUAAUGUGUCGGUGAACUUCCUGUGCUGCUGCUGUGUGACGGCGUUUUGAGUCCAGCUCUCGGUUCCCGUUCUUAUUAAAGUGUAAUGUCACUAAAUAAAAAAAAGCCUUGUAUAUGUUUGUAUUAGUUAACUAAUGAACGCUAAUCAUCAUCAUCAUCAUCAACAACAACAUCAUCAUCAUCACUAACAGUAGCUUUGUUUAUUUUUCUCUGAAUCAGCUGUUUGUUGCCGUGGAGCUUCAGUCUGUUUGCCUUAACGUCGACCAGUCGCUCCGUUUGAUUUGUUGUUUCUUUUUUAAAGUGCACUGUAUACGAAUGUUUUUUCACUCUUAUGUGACCAAAGCUUCCAUUUCUGAUUCAAGACGAAGACGUGAUGAAAAAAAAAUAGAAAUAAAAAGAAGAGAAGAAUAAAAACAGAUGAUUUAUGAAACUCACAACAUUUUAGUUGUUUCAAGUUCAGCAGGUCUGUAAUCCACCCUGGUCAUACUGAGACUGAAUAAAACUUUACGGACACUUUUCUUACAA